AUGACAUCGCAUGCUCGUUCUCCUUUGUCCCCGGACGUGAUUGCCGAGGCAAAUGCGGCGGCGGCGGCAACUUUAGCACGACCUGCGUCAGCGAGUUUUGAAUCGAACGCGCCGCUGAACGCGACCAGGUGUUUUUUGGAAGUUCAGGAAAACUCCGAGCUUGAAGAAACGUGGAGUGAACGCAGCAAUCCGAGCGUGAGCAGCUACAAUAGCAGCACGCGUGAGAUGCACCAUCGCUCGAUUGCUAGUGCCUUCUUCGGACCCAUUUCGACUGCUACAGAGGCGGUUGAGGAGACCGACGAAGAACCAGAGAGUCAGUGGAGCACUGGUAACACCAUGAGCAGUGACAGAGGUAAUGAACGAAGGAGACAAAGAUUCAGUGACACAAGUGGAGAAGGAAUUGAACUAUUACGAUGGGUGUUUAGACGGAGAACAGCGUCUGACUCAGCGUUGACUACAGAUGAAGUGGAGGGUGGAUGGGAGCAGAGACAGAAUCAAAAGAGGAGAGUGAGGACGCAGGUGGCGGUGCCUCUUGACCCACCUGAUCGAGAAAAUGAGACGCUAGAGCAACGGGAUCGACGGAGAGAAAACCGAUCUUUGUUUGAGGAUUUGGUGCAUUUGGCCAACACGCACCAACCAGUACAGUUCGACAGAUUUAAGCAGAGGAGAUCAUCUGCAAGAAAAAGCAGGACGAGAAGUCACGGCAAUUCACUACGCGCUCAAUUGCGGCAAUCUGGGUCAGCAAAUGCGUAUGAUGUGGAUGUCUUUAGUCCGUCAGGUGACGAAGAAGAAGAAGAAGAAGAGGAGGAGGUCGAAGCCGCAUUUAAUGACGAGACAAUCAACACCGAACUGCUGGAGGCCUAUAUCGCCUACUCCAAGUCGAUAGGGCACGAACCGAAUAUUCAGCUUAACCCUGUGAUGAUUCCACUUCAGCCUCGAGAUAGUCGCGUCGAUAACGAUGAUGACGUUGAAGACUUUGAACAAGAACAGCACCAUACCAUUAGGUUGUCGUACAUUCAUGACCGACCAGUGCUCAAAGAACACGAGAAAUUAUGGACUGGCAUAAUGGGAACGAGAUUCAGCAAGCGUCGAGGCUGUGUGCAGUUUUGGAUGUGGCUGCUUAUUGGUGUAGGUGUCCUUCUAUGGCUAGGUAUCUCUCUGUCUUCACUGCAGCUGAAUGAAGUACUGCAUCUGGAUGCGUUCACGGUUCAAGACGUUCAGGUCACAGAGGAUUAUGCGUUCCUCCAUUUCCUAGAAGAGGUUGAUCUCCGUCUCACGUACACCAUUGAGACGCCACAUCCUGAUACUUUGAAUGCUAGUGCGAACCCGAACUCGUCAUAUUUCAAUACGCUGCUGCUGAACGAAGACGAGUACGAGCACUACAUCGAAGGUGAACCAUUUGAGUACAUUGAGGCCGGCACCACACUACGCACGACAUACGCGUACUUACCGCACACGUACAUUGACAACCCAAUCAAGGAGACAAUGUACUUUGUUUUGCAACCGUGUUACCUUGAGCGCAAUCCUACAGCAGACUAUUGUCAACCCGGGCAACUUCCAACGAGCGUGUACUCGGAUAAAAAGAUCUACAGCCUUGAAAAAGAAAAAGUAAAGAACCAGGUCACUUCGGAUCACUUUAACGUCACGUACCUGUCAGUGAACCCGAUGCCAGUUGCCUGUAGGUCUUCCGGUUGGCUAGGAGGCAGUUACUUGCUACUGUUCUUACCGUAUUUGAUCAUUACGCUCUUCGGACUGCGUAUUUUCCAAAUGAUUCUCCAUUGUGAGAGCUGGCAGAAGAACCUCGAACGCAUUUAUUCGCGUGAACUAGAUGUGCCAGAGAAUGAAGUUGACUAUUGGCAACGGAUGCCAUGGGACCGAAAGGUGCCGAAAACUAGGCUCUGUGGACCAUGCUGUUGGAAAAAGUUUCGACGGCCAUUUGAGCCGUUCUACACGUGGUGGCGUCAUGAAAACUACUUUACGUGGAUCUUUUGCCCCUAUCGCAAUGAACAACUUUCGCGUGGCGAGCGAACACUGAUCAUCGUGUGCUCACUCUACAUCACUUUCUACGUGCUGUUCAUUAUUGUGAUGCUGCGAGAUUCUUGGGGUACGGACAUCACGAUCUUUACUUCAGUGGUGCUAUAUGCAAUUCUGAUCUCGAUUCUACCGUCUGCGGGUAAAGCUGUCUUCAAGGAGCUGUUUAAGUUGAUCUUUCGUCAACGACGCAAGUACUUUCGGGCAAAGGCAGCUGGCGAUGACCUGAAAGGCUUUUCAUUCCGGUUGGCGUUCUUGUUGCAGUUUUUAGUGGUCCUACUGCUUACACUGGCGCAGGUUCCGAUCUUUUACAUUUGGGCUUUUCGUAGUUGUUUGUUCCUGAAGAAGUUCAUGUGGUUUGGAGUACUCGCGGCAAUCAUGCGGAUGUCCCUCCUGGGACUUGCUCUAGACUUGGCAUGGUAUCUGAUCAUCAAGACAUGGGGUUGGAAGGACUUGUGCCCAUAUUGUACAGAGCGGAUUAAACAUUGUGACUGCUUUAACGAUGAGCUCCUAGUACUUGUCGUUGAACGUGUGGGUGCCAAGUGGGAGCUGAUUCGAGUUCUUGAUGAUCUAAUGGCAAAGCGACACCAUUACGAUUCUCAAUUUGAGUUGUACACAUCUGAGCAACUUCGUGAACGCUGGGAGGUACUUGUCGAGCGAGCUGAGAGCCACAUGGAGAAAAUGGAGAAACUCUGUGCGUACCAGGAGAAAAAACGCCUUGACGCUUUGCGCCACGAUCGCAUUCGUCGCAGUUUGACGAGUUUUCUAUCGUUCCAUGGCACGACGCAAUCGGACCAACCUCGAUCUAGAAGACAGAGUGAUAGUGGCGAUGACGAUUUAACGCAGCUUAGAUCAUCAGGUGUGGGCAGCAAUAGUAGCAAUACGGAGGCGACACGUACUCAAGACUCGGAUGUGAACCUCCAUGUGUGCAGCCUUCGUGAGAAGAAAAUUCUGGAGCUGAACCACAAAAUUAAGCUGGACAAGUUUGAGAAGCACUAUGACUCGAACAUCUCCGAAGUCUUUCAUUUGCUCACUCGUUCUGUCCAGAAGCUGCGUCGACACGGCAAGCAGAAGCAUAAGACGAAACUCGCGUCAAAAGGUUCUGGUCUUGAUCAAAUUCCUGAGGGUGAUGCACAUAGUGACAGUGAUCAUGAAGGAUUCACAUCCGAGACUGAGCGAGGUAGUAGCGAUUUUCGUAGUAGCGACGGUAAGACAAUGUGGGUGUUUGACACGCCCACGCAGCGUCUCGAGCGACGUGAAGAAGAAAAGCUGCAACGAAAGCGAGCGUUCCGGGUCUUGAACAAUUACAAGAUCGAAGGUGUGACUUCAAAUUUAGAGUCAAGUACACCCGCAAGUCCGAUACUGUCUCCUAUUCUAUCGCGUCCGGGCUCCAUGUCCGGAGCAGCUCCAUUAUCGACUAGCCAGACAUACGAGCAAGACACGAAGAUGAGACCGUUGCUGUCAACACGUAACAGACCGACCACAUCACGAAGUGAGGACCUGGUUGUUUUGAUGUUAGACAAGCACAGGGACGAUAAAAACAAGAAGAAGAAGGACAAUCUUGACGAAAUAGCCACUGGAUGUGUGGAAGACGACUACAAUGACGAUGACGAGUUCUCGAGUGACUUGGAACGUGGCACCCAGCAGUCACUUUCCAGAGCUCCAGAUCAACCACCUCAAAGCAUAAAUCGUAUAUAUUCUGUCACUGAGCGACCACAGACUCUAUUCCGACGGGUGUCCGUUUCAGCCUCUGCAUUUGCCGCUUGGAUACUCAACUACGAUCCUAAUGUGAAGUAUUAA